UUUUAUUCAAACGACUGGAUUCUUUUGUGGCGUCAGCUGUGUCUGGAGAACGUCAAAUCUCUACUCAAAGAGUGCUUUUACUUUUGAUAAUUCGGCUUCACCGCAACGAAAAAUAUCAGCCAUCAUGUCUGAUCCAGUUGUCAUCGUUUCUGCCGUUCGCACUGCAAUUGGUAGUCUGAAUGGAGUAUUGUCAACUGUAGCAGCCCAUGAUCUGGGAACCAUAGUCAUCAAGGAAGCCCUGCAGAGGUCAGGGGUCAGUAGCAGUGAUGUUUCAGAGGUCAUCAUGGGUCAGGUGUACACAGCGGGUCAAGGCCAGAAUCCAGCCAGGCAGGCCAGUGUGAAUGCAGGAAUACCAGUUGAGGUACCAGCAACUAACGUCAACAUGCUGUGUGGUUCCGGCCUGAGGACAAUAGUCCUAGGAGCGCAGGCAAUCAUGUGUGGGGACUCUUCCAUUGUGGUUGCAGGGGGUCAGGAAAGCAUGAGCCAGGCGCCCCAUGCAGCCCAUCUUCGUAGCGGUCUGUCCUUCGGUGACAAGCCUUUGGUGGAUCUGUUAGUAAAUGAUGGCCUUAUGGAUGCAUUCAAUAAUUACCACAUGGGAAUUACAGCUGAAAACCUGGCCAAGAAAUGGGAAAUCACACGUGAACAGCAGGACCAGUUUGCUCUGGGGUCGCAGCUCAAGGCCGAGAAGGCCCAGACAGAAGGCAUCUUCGCUACAGAGAUCGUCACUGUGCCGAUUAAGAGCCGCAAGGCCACGGUAGAGGUCAACGUUGACGAGUACCCAAGGAAGGGGUCAACCAUCGAGGGGAUGACUAAACUCAGAUCGUGCUUUAUCAAGGAUGCAACGGGAACGGUUACUGCUGGCAACGCAUCUGGUAUCAAUGAUGGAGCAGCAGCAGUGGUUCUCAUGAAGCUGUCCGAGGCUCAGAAAAGGGGUGUGGCACCUCUAGCAAGGAUAGUAUCAUGGGGCCAGGCUGGGGUAGAUCCAGCUAUCAUGGGGUCUGGUCCUAUUCCUGCUAUCAAGAAAGCUCUUGAGAAAGCAGGCUGGAGCCUUGGUGAUGUUGACCUGUUUGAACUGAAUGAGGCGUUUGCAGCGCAGUCUCUCACAGUCACCAAGGAGCUUGGUAUUGACACCUCAAAGGUCAAUAUCUACGGAGGAGCCAUAGCCCUGGGCCACCCCUUAGCCGUGUCGGGCACCCGCAUCAUCGUCACCCUACUCAACGCCAUGAAGAGGACCAAUGCCAAGAAGGGCUUGGCUGCACUCUGUAUCGGGGGAGGGAUGGGCAUUGCCAUGUGUGUAGAAACUUCAUAGUCGGGCAAAUAACAAUCUCAUUCAAUCUCAGUAAAUCAAUUUUUAAAAAUUGGUCCUGCUUUUGUGGGAAUAAAUUCCUAAGUUGCAAAGUGUUUAAUGGUAGUAGCAUCCAUUUGCAACCCAUAAAUGGAUGGUAAGAGACAUUUAAUUAAGAUGAUUAAAUUGAAUGUAUGAUUAAUUAGCCUGAAAGUAAGUUACAAGCAGAAUAUUUCUUGAACAAAUGAAUUUGUAGGAAUUGGUGAGCAUUUUCAGAUUGAGCUUUCUCAAAUAUACCAAGCAGCUGAAACUGGAUAUAAAGACCACCCAGACAUGACAAGAGAAACGGUCCUUAUGAACAAGUAGUCUAUAUAUACAGGUUUCUGUAAAACAUGCCUCAAUGUGAAACACUCCCAAGCGAAACCAAAAAAAAGCCAGUCUUUUGAAAUGCUGCACUGUCAUUGAAUUCAAAGAGGUGAUAAUCUAAGCUCAAAAUUUGUCUUAUAUUUUUGAUGAGGGAAUGUUGAUACAAACCUUCCCCCUUUUUACAGAGAGUGAAUAUUAUCCUUUGAUUUCGAACCAAACAUACAUAACUUAGAUAAAAGAACAUGAGUAUAUAUAUUGAAUAAGGCAUGUACAUAUUCUUUUUAUCAUUGAAAGAAGCCAUUAUGUGGGGAUCCCUUUGAUGAUUUUUUGUAAGUCUAUUACACUUUUUUCCUGUUGAUAUAUAAUGUACUUUAAAAUGAUUUUAAUGACAACUCACUGAAAAUGUUCUGUUGAAGUAUCUGUGUUUUUUUGUAAAUUAUGAAAUUUCCAAAAAUAAUAGAUUGUAAAUGCUAGAAGAAUGGUCAGCAUUA